AUGGACAACCGAGCAAUCACAAUGGAGCAGAAAGAAUCGGGAGCUUCCAGCAAGCAAUCAUCCCAGGGAUCGGAGUUAGUGUUGUUUACGCCGAACAACGACCCUCAGAACAAAGAAGGUCAACCACAUGAAAAGGCAUUGUCGCGCAUAUGUCACUCGCCAAAACCUCUAUCGCCCACCUCUCCAUCUUCAGCGUCAUCGUCUACAUCACGGUCAUCCUCUGUGAUAGUCCCGCUCUCUGAAUUAAACCCGAAUAUCUUUGAAGUCUUGACUGUGAAAGCGGGUGUGGAAUCCGGCUUCUCAUACCACCAGCGGCUUUUUGAGAACCAUGUGCCCCCCACCGAUUGGAAAAGGUUUAGUGAUGAACUGGUUGCAGCCUUUGCACUUACGACAUUGGAGAAGAUUGCCGCAUGGACUGUUGGAAUAAGUGUUGGCCUCGUGAGCGCUGUGCCUUUACUGGUGUUUGGCGCCGCGCCCGGUUACUACGCUGGAAAGGCAGUAAACUCCAUGUCAAUUGAGACAAAAGUCCACGACUACCUACAAGACGAAGGGGAGCUGGUUACCGUGCUAAGAAACUGGAACAACACGUUUUUUAAAAGUAAAGGGCUAUAUGUGAAGCUAGCGCUUCCAAGAAAGAAGUCGAAAGAAGGCCCUAAAUCGGCUGGCGGAACAUUUGACUCCAUCAUGCCUUUCGGCUCGAAAAGGAAGGGGAAAGGGAAACGGGGCUCGCAGGAUGGCGAUGGCGACGUGGACGUUGAUAAGAAAGAAGGGAAGAAGCUCGACAAGCGGUAUCGAUUGAUUAUCGAGAAUGUGGGAAUCGAACAGAAACAGAAGCCGUGGGUAGAACAUGACAAUAAUAUCCCUCUCCCUAAGGAUAUGAUGGAGCUGCAAGGCAACAAUGGGCCUAUUGCCGCCCCGACUUAUUCACCCCAAGGGCCUCCACCGUAUAAAUGUGGUACUCAUCCGGCAGAACUUGAACCAGCUUCGGCUACCCGGGCUGCAGAGCUUGAUGUUGGACCAAAAGGUGGAGUUACUGCUGAGCUGGACGGAGGGAACAGCGUCGCUGAACUUCCGGGGGUUCCAAGAAAGCCGGUUUACGAACUUGCUUGA